AUCCAGUAUAGCAAAGCGGACGGACAAGUGAAGUGAACGACGCGGUUUUAGCAUCUAGUCGUUAAAGUGAUGCCCAAUGUUUGAUGCCUAGUGUUAAUAGAACAUUUUUAUAGUCACUCAAAAGUGAUAGAGGAAAUAGUUAAAAUGAAGUGUGUUACAGUAUUGCUGUGUUUGGGGAUGCUGUGGAGAAGUGCACUUUCAGAGUCGUGUAGAACUCCAUUGGGAAGGCAAAGUAACUGCGUUUCAAUCUACGAUUGCCCACCUCUACUUACUGCCUUUGAACAGAGGCCUCUGCCAAGUAACGUGAUCAACUUCCUCAGGCUGUCGCAAUGUGGUUUCGAGGGGUACAUACCAAGGGUGUGCUGUGGUCCCAUCCCAUCGGCAUCACCUGGUGGACAAACAACAACAAAACGACCAUCAUCUAGCGCCAGACCUAUUGAAGGCGAAGACCCUGUAUAUGAUGAAGAUUCGUACCCCGAGUCUCGUGACGUAUGUGGUAAAGAGACUGGUGCUGAUCGAAUCUAUGGCGGUCAGUUUACGGAGCUGGAUGAGUUCCCCUGGAUGGCACUACUAGGAUACCGACCACGCAACAAUGGACCACUGACGUACCAAUGCGGGGGAGUGCUGAUCAAUCAUCGCUACAUACUGUCAGCUGCUCACUGCGUUGUCGGAGAAAUUGAAACGGCUGUUGGAAAACUAACUUCAGCCCGUUUGGGAGAAUACGAUACUCAGACGGACAUAGACUGCGCGGAACCCAACGACUGUGCCGACCCACCGCAAGAGAUCCUGGUGCACUCCUCAUACCCUAACCCUGGAUUCUCAGACAGAAACAAGAACAGGAAAGACGACAUUGCAGUUAUUAGACUCGCUAGAAGAGCAGUUUAUACAACUUUUGUCCAACCCAUCUGCCUUAUAGAUAACAGACUCCGCUUGAGUGCCGGUGAUGACGUAUUUGUGGCUGGAUGGGGAAAAACCCUAGAAGGCAAGAGCAGUCCAAUCAAGCUGAAGCUCAAUUUACCGAUUUUCCAAAAAUCCGAUUGCACAACGAAGUACAGAUCGCUUGGAGCAGAAUUGACUGAAAAUCAGCUGUGUGCUGGUGGAGUGUUCGCUCAGGAUGCAUGCAGAGGAGACUCGGGUGGACCUCUGAUGAGGAAGACUCCUUCAGGAAUCUGGGAAACCGUGGCUGUUGUCUCCUUUGGCUAUGGUUGUGGUAGAGACGGUUGGCCAGGCGUUUACACCUCAGUAUCACAUUAUACCGACUGGAUAAAGGACACUAUGCUUAGAUCCAAUGUGUAGACCUAUUACAUAUUAUGUAAUGUUAAGAUUUUUACUAUUGCCAUAAUUUUACUUUCGACUGUUUCAUUGCCUGUAGUUAUAAAUUGAAUUGUUUUGCUGACGCAAUACGAAAUAUGCAUAAUUUUUUUGUUAUCAGCAGUCAAUAUUGCUACUUAAUAAAAACAAAUCUGCCGCAGUAAUGUAAUAAAAGUUCUAUUUUUGUAAACAAUUUUUUGCAAUUGAACGAUGUUUUUCAUCGACAAUAAUUAAAAGAUAACGAGAGAACACUUUAAAGUUUUUGCAAUUAAUACACUGCAAUAAAACAAAUUACAUAUUUUAAA